AUGUGUACUUUGAAAUAUACAACAGAUUGUGUCUAUUCAGGAUGUGAUCUAUCAUACCCACUGGAAAGGAACAGAGUAAUUGAUUUUUCGGUAUUAAUAGGCUACAUUCAGACUGAUGUAGUCAGUCACCCAUUAAAUUUAUUAAUAACAGAUGUCAACUUGUGGAUUAUCGUGUCAUCUAAAUAUUUACCACUUGUUAAUAGUUUUAAGAGUAGGCCGCCAAGAAUUGAGCCAAUACCGCUUCCUAAAUGGUUUACACCUACAAGUGAUCAAAGAGCAAUUGCUCUUAACCCAAGAGAUGAUGAAUCCUAUAAUAGUAAUAGCAGUAAUAGCCAAAAUAAAUACAUCUUAUUAUUACUAUGGAAGAAGACUAAAAUUUUUUUCCUUAGCAACUAUGAACUUAUUUUACGACAACAACCAAAACAAUCAAGAAUGUGUGGAAUAGGUGAAAAAGCUGAUCGUCGACCAAUAGACCCACCACCAAUAAUUCAAUUAAAAGUCUAUGACUCGUGUCUUACCCAACCUGAGAAUAGUUCGUUUCUCCAGAAUCCCUAUUACUUCAUGUACGCUUCUUUGGUUGCUCCAGACACUGACGAAGAACUUCAUUUGCUUCGUGAUGGAAAGACUCGUUCUACAACAGGUUCUGUAGUCUCUUCAUUGUAUCAUUUAAAAGACACAGACAAUUCAGAUGCGGGUUUCUUUGUGUUUCCUGAUUUGUCCGUAAGAAUGGAAGGAACUUAUCGUCUGAAAUUAAGUUUGUUUGAAAUAAUCGGAUAUGAAAUAUAUCAUUGUAAGUCAAUCUUUUCAGAUGUGUUUAUAGUAUACUCAGCAAAGAGAUUCCCCGGAAUGGAAGAAUCUACCUUUUUAUCAAGAUCUUUUGCCGAUCAAGGGUUGAAAAUUCGAAUAAGGAAAGAAAUCAGAAUAAGAAGCAGGCGGAUAGCAAAACGGGAUAGAAAAGAAUUAGAUCAUAAUGAAAAUACAAAUAAAACAAAAAAUAAACGUGCGCGUGCUAAUAACAAAAUUGAUGACGAAAGUUAUCCUGGCUAUCAUAGGCAAAUUCCUUGGCACGAGAGACCUGAUUAUUUACAAGAUCCUCACUAUCCUCCUUAUUAUGAUCCUUAUGAUAGGAGAUAUGCUUAUCAUCAUCCUUAUUAUUACCCACCACCACCUCCUCAUUUACCGGAUGCUUCUGACCAUCGUCAAGCAAUGCCUGGAUAUUAUGGCACUACUCCUGACAGUAGAGUGUCUUCACGCUCUUCAACUGAAUCUUCUAGUACUCCUAGACCUUAUGCUUAUGAAUCCACCAGUCCUUAUCCUCCUCCUCCUCCACGUUGGUCACAUUACCAUGAACAUCCAAAACCUAGAGAUAUUAAUUCUGAUUCUUCGGCAACGUCUUCUUAUCGUCCUUCCGGUCCUAUGACCUCUCCACAUCCUCAUCCUAUGUAUUCUUAUCCCCCACCUGAUUAUUAUGGCCCAUAUGCUCAUCUACCACCACCACACCUUCCUUCUGCUAUUGUAAAUACUGGUACUCCUAGUGCAGCAACGGCCUCAUCACCUCCAUCUAAAACAGAUAAUAGAUCAACUGGCCAACCUGAUUCAAACUCAACUGGCCAACAACCGUCAGCUAAAAUAGCAAUUCAAGAUUUGUCACAACCUCCAUCAUUACCACCACACCACCAUAUGUAUGCAACGCCACCAUCCACCUAUAGUCAUUAUUAUCCUCUUCCUCCUAUACCAAUUCGAGGGCAUGAAUAUCCUUUUAGACAUGAUAUGUAUGGUCAACACUCUCGUCAUGAACAUAAUUAUCAACCACCACGUCAUGAUGUUCCAACAUCACAGUAUUCCCACAACAAUCAUACAAGCACCACAUCAAAUAAAAACACACAACAUUCUUCAAAUCUACAUUAUCCUAGUGAUUUAACACUUCGAGUUAGAUCAACGGUUUCGCUGCCACCAAUAAAUAUUGAUGAACGUUAUUCUUCUGUUGGAUCUCCCG